AAUUGUCACCGUUGCACUAAAAACCUUCUAAGAACCUCUCGCUGCCACUUUUGCAACAAUAGAGCUACAUCCAAGAGCCAUUUCACAACAAUAGUUAUGGAAUUAUCGAUAAACAUAUCCGGACAAGCCUCGAAUCAGAGAGACGAGAACUUCCGAAAGUGGAAGGCAGAGAGUUUCGUACCGCAAAUACCACGUGAUGAUGACCCAAAGAAGAUGAUGGAUGAGAAGUUGUACAAUUACGCAGAAGAAGACAAAUUUGAUGAAUUAUUUGGUGAACUGCGGCGUGUUUCAUCAGCGGAACUAUCAUCCAUCAUUUACACACAAGUUAGCCCUUCUGGAAAUUCAUUGCUUCAUGUUUCAGCGAGGCAUGGAAGUAAAGAUGUGACAGAGCUCCUUCUUCAGCACUUUCCGCUUCUAAUGACAAGGAAAAACUUCCACAAAGAUACUGCACUUCAUUUAGCAGCCAGAGCUGGACAGCUGGGAACUAUUACAAUUCUUAUCAACAAGGCAAAAGGCCAUGGAGAAGCCAGCGACUUUUCUAGUUUUUUGGAGAUGAAGAAUGAUAGGGGAAACACUGCUUUACAUGAUGCAGUCAUUAAUCGUCACCAAGAAGUUGCCCGUUUUCUGGUUUCGGAAAGCUCGAAGCUUUUAUAUACUGAAAACAAUGAACGUAAGUCUCCCUUGUAUCUUGCAGUCGAGAAUAGCACUGACAAGCCGAGUGAUGAGAAGAUGUUCACUAUUCUUAUGGAUGCUAUACCCGAUGAUGUUGAUUUACUUAACAAGCUAGAAGGAAAGUCUCCUGUGCACGCCGCUAUCCAAGGAAGAAAGACAGAAAUAUUGAAACAAAUAGCGAAAGAAAAGCCAGGCCUUUUGCGCCGGAAAGAUGAGAAGGGGGGGAAUCCACUUCAUUGUGCAGCAUCCAUGGGUUAUGUUUGGGAAACUCAAUUCCUGUUCGAUAAAUAUCGUGAUGGUGCAAUCCAGCAAAACGAUGAAGGCAACAUGCCUAUCCAUGUUGCUAGCAAAAAGGACCAUGUUGAUGUAGUUGAUGCAUACAUUUCCAAUUGGACUGAUGCAACAGAAUUUCUCAACAGCAAAAGGCAGAACGUUCUUCAUGUCGCCGCUGAGAGUGGAAGGCAUCGAGUGGUGAAGUAUAUCCUACGAAAGAAGAAUCUGGAAGCACUUAUAAAUGAGAAGGAUCUAGAUGGAAAUACACCUUUGCAUUUAGCAUCAAAGAAUGGCCGCUCCAUUGCAACAUUUACUCUUGCGCGAAACUCUAUGGUUAUGAAAUGCAUAGCCAAUGGCGAAAACUUGACACCAUAUGAUGUUGCAGAGAAGCAAUCUAAAAUUGUGGGAGCAGAAUACUCAGGUGAACCAAUUCCGAACGGGAAGGACGACCAAGUUGAUCAAAAGAGUGAAAACUAUGGAGCGAGGCCACCAACAAAGGACAAAUCAGAUCAUGGACUGUGGCAAACAGGCAAACCUUUACUUACAGUAGUUUGA